GCCAGACAACAACAGAGGAUGGAACCAAACCAUUUUUACGUCACUUAAAGCGGUUCUAGAAAUUAUCAUGCACGUUGAAGAGUUAAUUUGUGUUCCGUGCGAGUAAUUUGAGCUUCUGUGAAUUUCAACCGCUUUCCACUUUUUGCGUAAUUGCCUUAUGCUCUACGCAUCCCAGAGGACAAAGGACUUAUUUGAAUUAGCACUAUUUGUCACCACUUGAUUAAGGAAGAAGACCCGUCCAUUGAAAAAAAUGUCGGCCGGCGGCAGUUUCCGAGAGGUUGAGUUGCGGCAUCCGCACAAAAGUAAGCACCUAAAUCCCCUUGACAGCGCGAUGAACCUCGCUGACGACUUUUACAUGGACGACGACAGCGACUCUGAACUUGGCAAAAAAGUCGCGCCCACUGUGUGGGAUCACAUACUUUUGAACCGGCCAGCCAAAGUGGUGUUUGCCAUGUUGAUCGCUGUGCUGGUCAUUCCCACGCUCCUCUACGGCUUCAUGUACGGACUGGCCAAAGAGGCCGAACCCUUUGGUUCAUGCAGCAUCCGCAACGACUUUUGGUCGGAGUGCAUGCCAGGCUCAAAGCCAAGCCGAGACCAUUGCAUCGAAGCCGGAUGCUGCUGGAACGCGACGCGCAAAUUCUGCCACCACUCGCUGCCCGCGAGACACAACUACUAUUUCGUCGGCGCCGCGCCCAACCCCGAAGCGGCGCCGGCCAUCCUCGCCCCCCGACUUGAAAGGUCCCCCCUCGGCGCCGAUCCCUUGACCCUCAACCUGACCACCGAAGCGGUCAGCGCGGCGCACGUGGUCGUCCAACUGACAGCUCGAAACAGAGAUUCUCUCAGCGCUCCGAAGCUGUCAAUAGACGAGACGGACGUGAAAGUUGAAAUUAAGAACGGCGAGGCCUUUUCCUUGAGCCUGAAACGCCGCUCGGACAAUGCGCUGCUUUUUAAGACGGACAAUGGGCCGCUAGUGGCGACAGACGGAUUCUGGGAAUGGUCCUUCCAGUUUCCUGAAAACUCGGCACUGCUUGGUGCUGGAGCUUCAUCUCGCGGCUCGUUGAUGCUCAAGUCUGGCAAUGCGACUCUGUACCAAACUUUGGGAAGCAAAUCUAACGGCCGGCCCUACAUUCUGUGCAUUGCUCCAAGCGGCAAAGCGCACGGGGUGCUUUUUGAAGCUCCAGGAGCAAUCGAAGUGGUUGCCAGGCCGACAAAUUUGGUCUCUGUUCGCAGCACCGCCGGCGCCGAGUACAUGAGAGUUCACGCAUUCGUAGGCAAUGACACGGCGCAGGUGUUCGACGCCCUCACUUCACACAUAGGCCGGCCAACAUUGCCUCCUUACUGGGCUUUGGGUCUGCAUAUUUGUAGAGACGCAGCACGGAGCAAUGCGAACGAUGAAGCGAAAACUUUCCGCGAGGAGGCCGAGAAAUUGAACCUCCCUUAUGACACCGACUGCAUUGACGAUUCCGCUGCGGGCAACGUCUCUUUCAUUUACGAGAUGGAGCGAGUGAAUAAGUUAAUCGAAGAAGUGAAGACUUUGAGGUCAGAUGGGCGCCGUUUUUUGUUCAGCCAGUUUGGCCAAGUGAGCGUGGACGUUGCGGCCUACGAGGAUGGCUUCGCGAAAGGGAUUUUCCUGGGCAACAGCAGCCGAGGAGUGCCAUUUGUCGGCAUUCACCGAGACCAAAUCGCGGCCUACCCAGAUUUGGAUAAUCCCGACGUGACGGCGUGGCUACGUCAGCACAUGAGUCUAGUUUUGAAUAGUAUCAGAGACGCGCUGCCCUCGGGCAUUGUGGUGGCCGACAACUGGCCGCUGAACGAGAUGCUCGGCCAAGACGACGGACCCGAAAAGCCGCAUUAUGUGCCGCAGGGGCUUGACUCUUUGUCCUACGGCACCGUCCUGUGGAACGCAAACGGGUUCCAAAACAGCGACCACCACCACGUGCACAACUCGUACGGCCACAAACUGGCCGGGAAAGUGGAGGAAAUUUUUAAUGAGUACAUUUCGGGGACAACGGAGCGAGUGCCGAUCUUGAGCGCCGCCAGUUGGAUACACGAACCGCAGAGAGGGUGGCUCGGAGAGGAACAGCAAUCUGACUGGAACGGACUCAAGGCGGCGCUUCUGAGCGUGCUGGAGGCAGGAAUCAGUGGCGAGCCCUUUUCUGGCGGAGGCCCCAUUUGCGGCGCCUCGGGAAAUUGGUCCGGAUCACUUUGCACCAGAUGGUCUUUGCUAGCUCUCAAUACGUUUCCGUUGACAAGGUACCACCACCGAUGGGGCAGCCUGGCCCGCGAUCCCACUGCGAUGGACGAAAGUUCGGGCCGCAUCGUGGCUCGGGCGGCCAGAUUGCGUUACGAACUCAUGCCUUAUCUGUACACGCACCUUCAUCAAGCCUCGCUGACGGGCAUGCCGCUGGUCAGACCCAUGGCCGUUGAAUUCUCUUCCGAUAACGCCACGUGGACGCUCGACGAGCAAUUUAUGGUAGGCCCUUCGUUAAUGGCAGCCCCGGCACUUGAACCAGCAGCAGUUUCAUUAAAAAUUUAUUUGCCCCGCUCUUCCGGCCCCUGGUACCACUUGCAGGGCGGGGAGAAAGUGCAGGAUUACAAUGGCACCGGCCAAGUCACUCUGUACGCGACAGAAAACGAACUAAUCCUUCUCAUCAGAGGCGGACACAUAAUUGCCAUGCAGGACGCCGGUAAAAGCAGCGAUUCUUCCAGGUUGAAUCCGCGCCACGUGAUCGUAGGCCUGAUUUGCGACAAGAGUGUCCGACUGGAGUGCAAGGCCGAGGGAUUUUUGUAUUUGGACGACGGAAUUUCAAAGGAUUCUCUGUCCGACAACAUCCGUUUCAAUGCGACCUCGACAACUCUGACCGUCAGUCUGCGGGACACGCCAGACUUUUGUAAUUCCGCGUUGUCCACUAAAAUCAACGCCAUUUCCAUUUACGGCCUGCCAAGAUCUUGGAAAGAAGAUUCCAAUCUUACAGUGGAUGGGGUUGAUAUAGAAAACGCGACAUUGGAUUUUGACAACGAAGAGCACAGACUGAGGAUCACCGACGUGGAUAUUAACUGGUGUGAAAAUCCGCAAAGCCCAACUGUGAUUGCGUGGGAACUUUCUUCCUAAUUAUUUUCAUAUUUUCUAACAUAUUCUCUUCCUUGUUCAAUUAAAUAAAAAUUAAAUAACAGUGUAAAAAAUGUAGAAAUUGGAAUAUUCCCAUGUAAUAAAGAUACUUAUUUAUUUAUGUAUGUCCUUGCUUAAUAAAAUAAUAUAACAAAUCA